GCCCUCCUCCUCCUCUUCCUCCUCCUUCUGCUUCUCCCGUUGGCUCUGGGGGCUCGCAGCUGCAGCGCCUUCUCUCCACCCUCACUCUCUCCCUCUCCACGGCCCGGGCCGAGCAGAAAUAGUCCUUUGGCAGAGAGAUUGCAAUCUGCUUGAGGGAAUGGACUGUGCCUGAUAAUUUUUUGUACCACCCCACAGUGUCUGGCACAGAGUCUUAUUUCCACUAAGAGAAAAAUGGCUGAACUGAAUACGCAUGUGAAUAUCAAGGAAAAGAUUUAUGCAGUCCGAUCAGUUGUCCCCAACAAAAGCAAUAAUGAAAUAGUGCUGGUGCUACAACAAUUUGAUAAUAAUGUGGACAGAGCAGUUCAAGCCUUCAUGGAUGGCAGUGCAAUUCAGGUGCUGAAAGAAUGGAAUAUGACUGGGAAGAAGAAGAACAAUAAAAGAAAACGGAGCAAGUCCAAGCAGCACCAAGGCAAUAAAGAUACUAAGGAUAAGGUGGACAAGACAGAAGCAACCUCCCAAGUACCACCAGGAAUGUAUAAUUGCCAUGCAAAUGGCUGUGACAAGGAUAACUCCUCCACUGAGUCUGCCCAUGAAAAAACAGAAAGACUCCCUCGUGAGAAGAAACCCUUAGCCACUGAGGAACCUCUUCAAGCACAAGCAGAAGUUACAGAAGGCAGCAGACUGCCGCGCCAAAGGCUAUCUCUAGAUGUGAACCCGAAGCCUGUGGCCGGAUCAGAGAGGUCAGAUGGCCAGCAGUACUGUAACACAAACAGACCGAAGUCAAAAACACCUAUUGUUAAGUCAUGUGCCCCUGAAACUCAUCCUGAAGUAACAGCAGAUGAUUUGCUGAAAAAGAGAGGUCCCAAUAUUGAGAAAUCAGUGAAGGACUUGCAGCGGUGCACUGUGUCUCUGACCAGAUAUCGAGUAAUGAUCAAGGAAGAAGUGGAUAAUUCAGUGAAGAAGAUCAAGGCAGCAUUUGCCGAGUUACACAGCUGCAUCAUUGACAAAGAAGUGUCAUUAAUGGCAGAAAUGGAUAAAGUUAAAGAAGAAGCAAUGGAAAUUCUGACUGCUCGUCAGAAAAAAGCUGAAGAAUUAAAGAGACUUACUGAUCUAUCCAGUCAGAUGGCUGAGGCGCAGCUGGCUGAACUCCGGGCAGAAAUUAAGCACUUCGUCAGUGAACGCAAAUAUGAUGAAGAGCUAGGAAGAUCUGCCAGGUUUUCCUGUGACAUCGAACAGCUAAAGACCCAAAUCAUGCUCUGUGGAGAAAUUUCACAUCCAAAAAACAAUUACUCCUCAAGAACACCCUGUAGCUCACUGCUGCCUAUGUUAAAUACACAUACCACAACAUCUGGAAAACAGAACACCUAUAACCGAAAACCACCAAGUCAUAAGACCUCUGACAACAAAGCAGCUACCACUAAAAUGCCAAGUAAUCCUCCAAACACCAAUGAAACCUCUCCCCAAGUUAUACCAGCUACUAAACAGAAUGGCCCUUCUAGCCAGAGACGAAGAUUUAAUCCACAGUAUCAUAACAACAGGCUGAAUGGGGCUGCCAAGUCACAAGGCAACAUUAAUGAAGCAGAUUAUCCCAUAAAGGGCAACCCGAGAUAUGAUCAUAGAAGACAACAGCACAAUAGCUUCCGGCCGAAAAAUAAAGGCAUCACCAAAAACCAAGAGCCACCUAUGGCAACCAAGGCUUCUGAGAACCUGGCCCAUUCUGAAAAGUCCAGGCGAAAGCAGCAUGCUGUAGACACCCCUGAGGCCAGGCCUUUCCGUGGGAGUGUUGCUAGGGUUACUCAAUGUAAUCUCUGUCCCACAAGGAUAGAAGUAUCAGCAGAUGCUGCAGUUCUCUCUGUGCCAGCUGUGACUCUGGUGGCCUAAACUAUCAUUCCUAAAAAAGAGAAAGCAGCUUUUACCGUUUUGGUUCCCUGCCCAAGGUGCUGAUCUAAUUGCUGCCAAGAGAGUUGAUCAGAGUAUGCAAAUCCUAUAUCGUCAAGACAUCUCUUGAUAAUUUGUACCCAUUCUAAUAAUCAACUAUAGCUUGCUUCAUACCUUUCAUGGCUUUGCUUGAUGUGUUGAAGCUUCUUUUCAUCAAGACAUUGCAGCAUUUUAGCCAAGCAGUAUUUACUCAUUCAUUAGGAGAAUCAAGAUGUAAACUAAAGAUCAAAUGCCCAGUAGCAACUUUAUUAUGUCGUAGCAGUUGUAUCCGUCUGUUGGUUGUUUUUAGAGAAGUUAAUGUUGCAAAACAAAUCCUGAAGAUCAGGCAAAAGUGAUCUAAGAUAUGCGCUUUUGUAGAAUUUAACAUCUGGUGUUUUCUGAAAAAUUAUAAACAUAUAUUGCUUUAUUAAAAUUGCUACAUUUGACAUUUGCUUGGGUCUUAUGUGAAUGGAUAUUCUUAGAUCAAGCUUAAUUUUUAUUGAAAACACUAUACAUUGUCUUCUGUUGGCAAACCAUUCAUCAUUUGAGACACCACACAAAAUUAUAUGUAAUAUAUUGCUUGGGAAGGGUACACUUAUUUUCUGCAAAAUAAACUCCUCUUUGAUGUAUACCAAGAUAACUCACACAUAGGAAUACAACUCUAUGAAUAUUAUCUUGGCCACCUUACCAGGUAUGAAACGGUCAGCUGAACAGUGAUCUAAGCUCAAUGAUCUAUUGAUAUCUAUAGUCUUAACAAACUCAUGAUUCACUUAAUUAGACCUUGUCCUCAUCAGUCCCCAACUUUAACAACUGAACUAUUUGUGAUUCUGCUUCAGUUAGGCUUCAGUGCAUACAGAGAACUUGCCAGUCAACCUCCUGCAUAACUACUUUUUUCAGCUCAUGGUGUUCCACCAGUGUUUCAACAUCCUGAGUUCACCAGCUCUCUUCACAGAAGCAGCCUGCACUGAGUCCAGCAUCAAUAACCUUGUUUGCCAAGUAGAAGAGGGUGUUAGUUUUCUCUGUAGAAAGUUUUUAGAAGCCUCUGGGGCACCCAAACAUUUAAAAGGAAUUCAGAAUGUCAAAUCACACUCAAGGAAUGAAGAACUGUUUAUUCAAACACCAAAGAAAAAUAGCCAGCACCACAAUCAGUGUUUUCCCAUAUUAAAUUGCAGAGCCCCAAGUCAUACUCUCUGAAGGGCUAAGUCCAUAUAUUAUAAGAUAGAAGGAUAUUGCACAAGUCUGCUUACACUUCUGUGGAAUGAGACUCUAGUCUUGCAAUCUACUCACCAUCAGCAUUUUGCAGCAUAAAAUUUUCAGCCUUGAAGAUAAAAAUCAAGAAAUUCUAGGAUCAAGCAAAAAAUGGGUUUACCAGGUUAUAAUAUAUACCAGUAUUCUCUGCCACAAGUGUACAUACCUACU